AUGGCCGCCCUCGCCGCCUCCUCCACGGCCGCCUUCGCCGCGAAGCCGCGCCUCCCGCGGGCGCGCCUCUCCGUGGCCUGCUCCGCCACCGGCGGCGACAGCAACGGCAGCUCCAACAGCAGCGUGUCGCUCGCGUCCUCCGUGAAGACGUUCUCGGCCGCGCUGGCGCUGUCGUCGGUGUUGCUGUCCUCGGCCGCCACCUCCCCACCGCCCGCGGCCGCCGACAUCGCGGGCCUGACCCCGUGCAAGGAGUCCAAGGCGUUCGCGAAGCGCGAGAAGAACUCGAUCAAGAAGCUGACGGCGUCGCUCAAGAAGUACGCGCCCGACAGCGCGCCGGCGCUCGCCAUCAACGCCACCAUCGAGAAGACGAAGCGGCGGUUCGAGAACUACGGCAAGUUUGGUCUGCUCUGCGGCGCCGACGGCCUGCCGCACCUCAUCGUGAGCGGCGACCAGCGGCACUGGGGCGAGUUCAUCACCCCCGGGCUGCUCUUCCUCUACAUCGCCGGGUGGAUCGGGUGGGUCGGCAGGAGCUACCUCAUCGCCAUCAGCGGCGAGAAGAAGCCCGCCAUGAGGGAGAUCAUCAUCGACGUCGAGCUCGCCACCCGCCUCCUCCCCAGGGGGUUCAUCUGGCCCGUUGCGGCAUACCGCGAGCUCAUCAACGGAGACCUCGUCGUCGACGACAAGGACGUCGGCUACUACUAA